AUGUUUGCCAAGUUACAGCUGGAUUCUAACUGUUUUCCUGUAGUUUCCACUUUCGCCAAGACCUCGUCCCCAAAUGUCGGCGUUUCUGUCCCCACGAAGACCGGAGUAUCCAUUCCUAGCUUCGAGAAAGUUGAACCGACUGUGAAGCUCGGUGAACAGAGAACUGGCGGAACUUCGGAAGCAGAAAAGGUUAGUGGAUUUCGGAGAAGUACAGAGAAUCAGAAACCAGGUACUGUUUUCGGCCCUGAACUGGAAAACCCAGAUGGCAGACAGAGGAGAACUUCACCGAACGCGUCUACAAGUGGGAAAAGGAAGAAUCUUGGCGCGAAAUUGAACUGGGUGAAGAGCAAUGCUCCAGUGAGAAAAGCGCACACCAAGUGUUCGACGAAAUGGGCCACUUACGGUGGCUGUAUCCCUUCCAUUCUACAAGCUUUGGACACCGUAAAAGACUUGGACGAGGCGUUGCGUCCUUGGGAGGAUACCCUCAGCAACAAAGAGAGGAGCAUAAUCUUGAAGGAGCAAUCGAGCUGGGAGAGAGCCUUUGAGAUUUUCGAGUGGUUUAAGAGCAAGAGAUGUUAUGAGCUGAAUGUCAUCCACUACAACAUCAUGCUUAGAAGUCUUGGCAGAGCUAAAAAGUGGAGCCUCGUCGAAUCUCUCUGCCGUGAAAUGGCCGUCAAAGGAAUUGCACCCAUCAAUUCCACUUACGGCACUCUAAUUGAUGUCUAUAGUAAAGGCGGCCUCAAAGAGAAGGCGCUUGCUUGGUUGGAGAAGAUGAACCAGCAAGGAAUGCUGCCUGAUGAAGUCACCAUGGGGAUAGUGCUGCAAAUGUACAAGAAGUCCGGCGAGUUUCAGAAAGUCGAAGACUUUUUCAAGCAAUGGAAAAUGGAUGAACGUGGGGAUGGUGAUUCUUCACAUGACGACCAUUCUUUAUCCUUAUACACGUACAAUACCUUGAUUGACACGUAUGGAAAAUCAGGUCAACUCAAAGAAGCAUCCAACAUCUUCUCAGAGAUGCUGACAAAGGGGAUUAUGCCAACAACUGUGACUUUCAACACCAUGAUUCACAUCUGUGGUAACAAUGGUCAUCUCGAUGAAGUCAAAUCACUCAUCCAGAAGAUGCAGGAGCUUCGGUGUCCAGCAGACACUAGAACCUACAACAUUCUGAUCUCUCUCCACACGAAGCACGAUGAUAUAGACAUGGCAGCUCAAUGCCUGAGGAAGAUGAAGGAGGAACAAUUAGAGCCAGACCUAGUGAGUUAUCGCACUCUCUUGUAUGCAUUCUCCAUAAGGCACAUGGUUACUGAAGCCGAGGAUCUAUUAUCAGAAAUGGAUGAAAAGGGUUUGGAGAUCGACGAGUAUACACAGUCAGCUUUGACUCGAAUGUACAUAGACGUCGGGUUGCUUGAGAAGUCAUGGCUGUGGUUCAUGAGGUUCCAUGGAACUGGAAAUAUGACCUCUGAAUGCUAUUCUGCUACUAUAGAUGCAUAUGGCGAGCGUGGGUAUAUUUCAGAAGCCGAGGAGGUGUUUCUUUGCUCGCAAAAGAAUAAAAAGUUGAGUGUACUAGAGUUCAACGUGAUGAUAAAAGCAUACGGCUACGUCAAGAACUUUGUCAAGGCCUGUGAGUUGUUUGAUAGCAUCGAAAGCCAUGGUGUGAUUCCAGACAGGUGUAGUUAUGGCUCUCUAAUCCAGAUUUUGGCAGGAGCAGACUUGGCUGCAAAGGCACAACACUAUCUCAAUAAGAUGCAAGAAGCAGGAUUGAUUAGUGAUUGCAUUACCUACUGUGCUGUGAUCUCUAGCUAUGCCAAAUCGGGAAGACUGGACAUGGCUAAGAAGCUGUACAACGAAAUGAUCGAGUUUGAAGUGAAGCCAGACGUCAUCGUUUAUGGGAUUUUGAUAAACGCCUCAGCAGAAGCUGGAAACACAGAAGAAGCCAUCGGAUACAUAGACGCAAUGAGGAAAUCCGGCUUGCCAGGAAACGCGGUCAUCUACAACUCAUUGAUCAAGCUGUACACAAGAGUUGGCUACUUGAAGGAAGCAGAGGAGACAUACAAGCUGCUUUUGUCAUCUGAUACAGGUCCCGACGUGUACUGCUCGAACUGCAUGAUCGAUCUCUACUGCGAGCAUUCAAUGGCCAAACAGGCGGAAGAAAUCUUUCGGAGGAUGAAGCGAAAUGGGGAAGCUAACGAGUUCGCCUACGCAAUGAUGCUGUGCAUGUACAAAAGGCUCGGGAGGUUCCAGGAAGCGAGCCGGGUUGCUCGAGAGAUGAGGACCCUCGGGCUCCUGAGCAACUUGUUGAGCUACAAUAGCGUGAUUGGCUUGUACUCAUUGGACGGAAGGUUCAACGAUGCUGUGGCGACGUUUAAGGAGAUGUUGGAUGAUGGUGGAGUUCUGCCGGAUGAUUUUACGUUCAAAUCGUUAGGGCUUGUGUUGGUGAAAUGUGGGAUCUCGAAGCGGGCUGUUGCGAGACUUGAAGCUGGGUUGAAGAAGGAUUACCAGAGUGGUUUGCAGGCUUGGUUGAUUGCUCUUUGUACUAUUGUAGAUGUAGAAGUUGACUGUGAAGAAGAUGGCAGCCAUUGA